AUGUUAGCGCGGCGUUUCUUGUACACGAAGCCACCAAACCCGAUCAGUCCUACCCCGAUCAGCACUCCAAACACCACCCCUGCCUUCUGUCCACCACUCAGUCCUCCUGAAGACCCUUUGCUAUUUGUAGGUGGUGGACGUGGUUCAGAUUCUGGUGAUGGUGGCAGAGACGGUGUUGAUGAUGGCUGUGAUGGUGUCGGAGCUGGUGGUGGUGGUGAUGGUGAUGGUGUCGGAGCUGAUGGUGGCUGUGAUGGUGUCGGAGAUGGUGGUGGUGGUGAUGGUGAUGGUGUUGGAGCUGAUGGUGAUGGUGUCGGAGCUGAUGGUGGCUGUGAUGGUGUCAGAGCUGGUGAUGGUGGUGAUGGUGAUGGUGUCGGAGCUGAUGGUGGUGCUGAUGGUGAUGGUGAUGAUGAUGGCGAUGUCGUUAGCCCUCCAGUGGGCGCAGGCCGUGGUGCGCCCAAUCCAAACUGGUUGAAGGAAGUCACAAACUUAACAUAG